UUUCACUGAAGCUUGAAGCUCAAAGUCUAUGGCCUCACUAAAGAAGCUCAAAAGCCCUAAGGUGGCUUCCAAAGUCCAACCUGCUAGAUUGAAAUCUGACACUGACAGAGACUCCCCUGGAGCUGCCACUGAAAGCUAGACGGGGAACCAGGAAAUGCACAAGCCUCUUUAUUGCAGAAAAACUGCUGGGCUCCCUCAGAGACACGGUACCAUGGGAAACCAUAUCUGCUGUGGGGGAAGCUGCAAAAGAAGAAAACUUUCCUGGGAGACAAAUGGGGUUGGCUCUGGUGAGAGCUGGAAAUAUACUACCAAGAAAAAGCAUGAAGAGAGCUUUCCAUCAACUUUUCAGAGGAAAAAGAAACCAGGGAGCCAAGCAAGACAGACAUUGAAGCAGCAGCAGCAACUGCAGCAACAGAAUGGCACAAAGGGUCCUGAAACACCAGGCCGUACAUAUAAGCGCGUGUUAGAGCACCCCAAGUCUCAAGAAAGGACUCCACGCCUCUGCUCAGAGGGGAGCAGCUUGCAUUAUGCAGACAUCCAACUGUUCAGCCAUAGCGAGCCACAUUCUGCCCAGGGAAUGAAGCACCUGCGGUCAGAAAACACAGUGGAGUAUGCAAUCCUUCGCUUCCCCCAGGUCACGCCUCACUAUGACAGCAGGAAUGGAACCCUGGUGUGAGCCUUGGGGAGCAGGGGACAGUUUCCAUCAUCUCACCACUACUUCCGUGAUGAGAAUCUACUUUGAGGAAUUGGGUGGCAACCCAAUUAGCCACGUUUUAAGCUUUAAGAGCUCCUGGAAUUGUGAAGGUCACCAAUCUUGCUCUCUCCCCUAGGUGUAACUCUUAUUUGCCAGCAUUGGCUUGGAGUCGUGUUUUGGUUAGCUAGCGGUGGAGUGUACCGGAAAUAGGUCUUUGACGCCUACAUGUAUUCCUGCACUCAAGAAAAAUGGAGAAAGGUUACCUCAUAAGCACUUUGGGCUCAUCUUGUUGGACUUUAUUUAGUGGUUAUCUCUUUUAUUCACCUUAAACUCCAAAUCUGAAGAACAGGCGCUUCGGAAAAGCAUUCUGAGCUUGUGCAGACUGCCCCCAGACUGGCUUAGGCAGAGGCAAAUGGAGGCAGGACUGAGGCCUGGAGGAAGGCUACAAAGACUUCUUGUCACCGAUACCUGACAGCACAGUAGGGCUCGGAAACUCCCCUUGGCUAGACUGUUAACUCUCCCGGGUGCGGAGCCGCUGGGAUCAAUAAAUCGCUUA